UUUGGAGGCUGCUCCAGGCCCUCUUCCUCCACCCCUUCCUCCUGCUCUCCUCCCUCCCAACCACCCUAGAGGGUCCUCAGCUCCAAGCCAUCUCCUCUCAUCUUGCUCGGCUCUGCCAGUUCCCAGAGGACAGCAGGCAGGAUGACCCAGAACACGGUGACCGUGAAUGGAGUUGAUGUGGCCUCUACCUUGUCCCAACCCACCCACAUCGACAUCCACAUCCACCAGGAAUCGGCCUUGGCACAGCUGCUGAAAGCCGGGGAUUCCCUGAAGCAGUUUCUUUCACGCCCUCGCGACACGGGGCCUUCCCAGGCCAGGAUAAGCAAUGUGCGGCUGGCCCUGGGGGUGACCCAGAUAUUGCUGGGGGUCGUGAGCUGUACUCUCGGAGUGUGUCUCUACUUUGGGCCCGGGACUGGGUCGGAGCUGCGGGCCUCUGGCUGUGCCUUCUGGGCAGGUUGUGUGGCUAUUGCAGCAGGAGCUGGAGCCAUUGUCCAUGAGAAGUCCCCGGGCAGACUCUCAGGCUGGGUUUCAGGCCUGCUCGCCCUGGCUGGCAUUGCCACCGCGGUGGCGGCUACUGUGCUCUGUGUGAGUAGCUUAAUCUGGCAGAGCGAUGGCUCACACUCCGCGGAGAUCGUCUCCGUGUGUGACCAUCCCAAGCCUGCCAACAUCACCGCUAGGAACAGACAGCCAUGGAGGAGCUACCACCACAAUGACUGGAGGGAGGAGAGCUGCAGGAGUUACAUGAAGAUGAUGAUGAAAAUGUUCUUAGAAUUCUGCUCCCUGCUUGCAGUUGUCUGUAUCCUGAAGGUCCUCGUGGCUUUGGCCUCCCUGGGACUGUGUCUCCGAAGUGUGUGUGGCCAGAGCUCCCAGCCCCUGAACGAGGAAGGGUCAGAGAAGAAGCUCCUGGGGGAGGUUCCCUCCAUCUCCAAGGAGAAGACCCCAGCUGUUGUCACCCUCUGAGCAGCCUGAGACCAUGCCUGGGCCCCUGCGUGUCCCUGUCAGGAGCACCUGGGACCCAUAGGGAGGACAGUGGCUGUCUCUGGGCCACAGGCCCCACUCUUGCCUCUGCUGCAGCUGCCCUCCUGCCCUUCUCCCUUCUCUCCCCACCCUUCUCACCACCACGCUCUUCCAAGGUCUUGGUUCUAUGAAGAGAUAUUAUCACAUUGUCUCCAAAGCUGAUUAAAAUAAAAGACAAACAAAAAUAAUUUUGCACAGAAAGACGGGUCUUCCUUGUUUUGUACACUUUGUGUGUGUCACGAGAGCUUUCAGCCCAUUGAAGCAAGGCCCAGUGCUGAAAUAGCCCUUUAUGAUCUCCUUCCUGUAAGGGGAGAGUGACUCUCAUGUGCCCAGAAUCUAUUCAUCCACUGAGACUGGCUUUGAGCAUCUUGCAGCCUGUAGACUUCACCAGCUAUGUGAGCUGGUAGCAGGAUCUCCCCACUCCUUCACCCCACUUCCUUUUUCUCAUUCUGUCUUUGCAGUAGUGUUGGUCCUCUCUCUCCCUCUCCCCUGCUACACACACACACACACACACACACACACACACACGCACGCACGCAAGCACAUCCUGGCUAUUCUUCACUGUCUUUGUAAAUGGUAUGACUAAUCUGUUUUCGAAGUUUCUCAUUUUAUUUACACAUAUAUGAAUGUAACUAUAAAGAUGUGAUCAUUUCUGAAGGAUGAGGAAGCAGGUAUGGGGGUGCAGUCUCCAUGGGGUAGGUCCUGUUCCUUUGCUGUCCCACAGGGAAGAGCUGGUCUGAUCAGGAGCAGAGCUGCUGAAAUGAGGGGAUGUGGUUCUCGGACACGAAGCCAGGAAGUGUGAGCCUGUGAAGAUGGUGGUCUUACUCUCCCCAGGGCCCUGCUCCUGCUCUUCCUCAGAAAGAGAUUUGUAAAUAAACCUGUGAAACGAGAGUAUGUUCAAAGCAUUGGCUGAGGGGUCAGCCAAUUAUAGCCUGAGGGGCAAAUUCAACCAGCCACCUGUUUUAUAAAUAAAGCCAUGCCUGCU